AUGCCGUCGCUACUGGUCGUCGUUUUCGUUAUCGAGCUGGUCGUCCAGCUUGUCAACACUAUCGGCGCAACCACCAUCAACAACCUCAUAUGGCGCGCCUACCUCUCGAUCCCAACGUCGCUUGCCAAGCAGUUCACCGAACAGCGACAGAAGCAAAAGGAGUACCUGGCGGUUCGCCUCGAGCUCAACGCGACGAGUAGCCAGGACGAGUUUGCCAAAUGGGCGAAGCUGCGGCGACAGCAUGACAAGCUGCUGGAUGAGCUGGAGAAGAAGAAAUCCGCAGUCGAAGCUUCCCGCACAAAGUUCGACCGCUACAUCACGGCCGUCCGCUUCAUCUCGACGCGCGGCGUACAGUGGCUUCUCCCGAUGUGGUACGGCAAGCUGCCGAUGUUCUGGCUACCCUACGGGUGGUUCCCCUACUACGUCGAGUGGUUCGUAUCAUUUCCGCGCGCGCCGCUAGGGAGCGUCAGCAUCGUGACGUGGCAGGCCGCGUGCACGGCCAUCCUGACGCUUGUGAUGAACGCGGUGGUGGGCAUACUGGCUUUUAUCUCGGCGAGCAGACAGUCGGGGAAGCAGAAGCAAAAGCAGCCUGUCCCAGCGGCGGGAGCUAGAAACGGGGAGACCAAGAAGGAACUAUGA